ACUUGGGCCUCGAUCAGUUUAUUGUGAAACGCUAUGAUGGGAAGAAAUUAUCCCAGGAGCGAGAGAAGUUUGCCGACGAGGACAGCAUAUUCUAUGCGCUUGGAGAAUGUGGACUCAUUUCUUUUUCCGACUACAUCUUCCUCACGACAGUCCUUUCCACUCCCCAGAGGAAUUUCGAAAUCGCCUUUAAGAUGUUUGAUCUGAAUGGUGACGGCGAGGUGGACAUGGAAGAGUUUGAGCAGGUCCAGAGCAUCAUUCGUUCGCAAACCAGCAUGGGUAUGCGCCACAGAGACCGAUCUACAACGGGAAACACCCUGAAAACCGGCUUCAGCUCCGCACUGACGACAUACUUCUUUGGGGCGGAUCUGAAGGGGAAGCUGACGAUCUCCCACUUCCUCGAUUUCCAGCGCAAGCUGCAGCACGAUAUUCUGAAGCUUGAGUUUGAGCGGCACGACCCAGUUGACGGGCGGAUCACGGAGCGGCAGUUCGGCAGCAUGCUGCUGGCCUACAGCGGCGUGCAGUCCAAGAAGCUCACCGUCAUGCUGAAGCAGCUCAAGAAGCAUUUCCAAGACGGAGAGGGGCUGACCUUUGAGGAGGUGGAGAGCUUCUUCACUUUCCUGAAGAACAUAAAUGACGUGGACACAGCUUUGAGCUUCUACCACAUGGCCGGAGCUUCGCUUGAUAAAGUGACGAUGCAGCAGGUGGCCAGGACGGUGGCCAAGGUGGAGCUCUCCGACCACGUGUGCGACGUGGUGUUCGCCCUCUUCGACUGCGAUGGGAACGGUGAGCUGAGCAACAAGGAGUUUGUGGCCAUCAUGAAGCAGCGCCUUAUGAGAGGCCUGGAGAAGCCCAAGGACAUGGGCUUCACGCGACUCAUGCGGGCCAUGUGGAAAUGCGCCCAGGAGACCGCGUGGGACUUCACCGUGCCCAAACCUUAG